GCGCCCAUGCCCCCGCCACCCUCGGCACUCUUGAUGAUCCAGUGGACGUGUUUCCCCUUUUUGGAAGCGGCGGUGACGGCGUCGAGAGUGCUGGGGAAGUGGAACUAUGAAGCACAUGAACAGAUGAUGAAGCUAAAGCCCGAGGUUUACGACCAUAGUCUCUUUUGGAAUGUUCGGAAUCCCUUCCUUGUACCCGACGAAUCAAUUAUGAAUCUUAUCCGUGAAGGAAAAAAAGUCAUUAUUCAUAGGGCCGAGAUUACCAAGCUAUCCGAGAAGGAAGUUUAUCUAUCCGAUGGUACCUCUUUCCAAACCGAUAUGCUCAUCCACGCUACUGGAUACAACACCCACAAUCCCAUCUUUAGUGAAAAGGACUCCCUAGACCUUGGACUUCCCGUUCGCAUCGACCAUCUCGCCUCUCUGGACGAUACCGUCCAAUACCCCACAUCUCAAUCGAUCAAAGCAGACGAACAA